AUAUUCAAGUCUCGCGGGAGCCUCCAACCGUUUUUCCAGGCUCGUUCUUUCCACUCCGUCCCCCGCGCCGCCACUGCCCUCCCCACCUCCGGCCGCCAUGGAAGGGGACGGGCCCCUUCCCACGGCUCCUCCGUCGCCCACCACCUACCCUAUCCCGGCGCUGGCCGCCCCCUCUGCCCCCAAGCGGAAGGCGCAGCGGCGCCUCGGGCUUCCGCCGCCUCCAUCGACGGACGGCUCCGGCACGUCCGUGGCCGGCGGGGAGGAAGGGUCCGGGGUCAAGCCGACGAGGAAGAGGCCGCCCCGCGACCCCUCUUUGGCCACAGCCGCGCGUAAGUCGCGGACUGCCGCCGCCGGUCGACCUCCGCUCCAAGUUUCGCCGGCGCCUCCUGAACUUGCUUCCCCGGCCUAUUCAACUCAAGCCAACGCCUCCCCGGCUCCAAGCGCCGCCUCCCCAAUUGCUCCAACAGCCACCAUGCCCGUUGCACAGGAGGUGCUCGGUGAAAUGCCUCCAAAUGUGGAUGAUGAGUCUUUUCUCAACAUGAUGGAUGGGCAAACCUUUGGAAACACUGCUUGUUAUGUGGAUGCAAACCUAUUUGAUGCAAUUGAUGAUGAAAUUGGCUCGGAUGCUGAUGGUGAAUUGACCAAAAAGAAGGGUUCGAGGGGAGUCAAUUUCAGCAUUGCCUAGGAUGAGACUCUUGUGAGGGCAUGGCAGGCCAUAUCUCUGGAUCCUAUAACUGGGGAUGAGCAACCUGGAGCAACAUAUUGGAGGCGCAUAUGGAAUCACUUUUGGUGCAACAAUAAAGUGGAAUAUUUCGGUCUCAAAUUUCUCUCACUCAUCGUUGGGGAACAAUUCAAGCUUCUUGCACCAAGUGGGUUGAUUCCUUGUAGCAAGUUGACGGUAUCAAUCCAAGUGGUACAAGUGCUCGAGAUAAGGUCCACCUUUGUCCUCACCAUAAUCUGACAUGUGGGUCUCGUGGUCCCGCUCAUCAUCCUCUCACCACGCUCCGCCGGCAAGUGAGCUGCCCCUUCUCUUUCCUUUCUUCCUCCUUUACUGCUAGCAUGUUUUGGGGUGUUUGGAUACCCCGUUAAACUUUAGCACCUGUCACAUCGGAUGUUUGGAGACUAAUUAGGAGUAUUAAA